CCGCAGCCCAUUGCAUGGUCCUCAUUGGCGGAAGCUAGUCUUGCGCCUCACAGCCUCUGCUGCCUGGAAGAGAUGGCCAAUACCCCAGCAUCCGUGACAAUGAACUAUGCAACACAUGGGAGUGCUUUUGACUUUGCAUUACUAGCCCUGCUGUUACUCCUCAUUGUCCUUGUGACGGUAUCUGGGGUGAUUGGAAUCUUCAUUUGUUGUAAGCGUGCCAAGACAGUGAAUGGGACGAGUCAUGCAGGCCAUGCAGGUGGCAGGCAGUUAUAUGGGGGGUUGAGAUAUCCUGGGCCGAUUGGACCGAUUGGCCCUUAUGGAGGAGGACUGCAUGCUCUCUCAGAGAGAGAGGCUCAGUUGAGAGCUGCACACCUUGGGUCUGGAACAAUAGUACCCAUGAGGCCUAGCCCUGAUGAAACCAUGUCUGGAUACAUUGAGAUACCACGGGUCCUUGGAGGUCUCUACCAGUUCAAAAUCGAAGACCUAGAGGGGGCAACUGGAGGAUUUGCUGCAUCCAACCUGCUUGGGCGUCCUAAGAAGGAGUCCACAAUGUACAAAGGUGUCCUGCCGAAUGAAAGGGUAGUUGCAAUCAAAAUGUUUCAUAAUCGUCACAGCACAGAAGGGCACAUGCCCCUCGAUAAGUUUCGGCAGGAGUUGGCCAUUUUAUCGAAGCUGUACCAUCGGAACUUGGUCAAUUUGAUUGGCUUUUGCUCAGACGAGAUCGCACAAGCCUUGGUUUAUGACUUCCUUCCCCAUGGGAUGCUUCGGGAUCACCUGAAGGGCAAGAAGUAUUCCCCUCUGAGCUGGCAUGGGCGUCUGCAGGUGCUCCUUGGGGUUGCUCAAGCUCUGGAAUAUAUGCAUUCUUUUGUUGAUCCUGCAGUACCAGCUCCGUUGAUGGAAGACGGAGUAGCGGUUGUUGACCUUCGCGAGUACAUUGUGAAGAUUGACCGCGAGUACGCCACGCAACGGUACGACGACACUGGCGCACCGUUACUCUACGUCCGCAUUCAGAUCGGGAAGGCGACCUGCAGCGCCUUUAUUGAUUGUGGAGCUACUCGGAACUACAUCAGCCAGGACUUCAUGACCCGCGCCGGCCUGGGGCCGCGCGUUCGAAGGAAAUCGCAGCCCACGCAAGUCACGUUGGCCGACGGUUGUACGCACAAGUCCAUUGAGCGGUGCAUUGACUCCGUCCCUAUGUACGUCGCCCCGCUUGCACGCGAGGCCAUGUCCUUUGACAUAUUGGACACAAAGUUCGACAUAAUCUUGGGCAUGUCAUGGCUGCGCAGCGAGGACCACCCGGUGAACUUCUACCGCCACACCGUUCACGUUCGUGACCGGAACGGGGUACUUGUGCCAUGUACGGUCCCCCCACCUCAUCCUUCAAUUGGUUGUCACGUGGUCUCCGCGGCAAGCAUUCGCAACUCCAUCGCACGGAACGACGUGGAGGAAAUGGGCAUUUGUUUCUCGCACGCCCUCCCUCCUCCUGACGAGCCCGCGGCGGAACAGCCACCGGAUCCACGCAUUGUACAGCUUCUUGACUCCUAUGGCGACGUCUUUGAAGCCCCCGCCGGAAUCGUACCGAAUCGGCCAAUUCCUCACGAGAUCAUCCUCAAAGACGGGGCCGUACCUCCGCGCGGAUGUAUUUACCGCAUGAGCGAGGAGGAACUCGAAGUGCUUCGAACGCAACUCGAUGACCUUAUUGACAAGGGCUGGAUUCGCCCUAGCUGCUCGCCCCACGGUGCACCUGUUCUCUUCGUUCGGAAGAAGAACAAGGAGCUUCACUUAUGCAUUGACUAUCGCAAGCUUAAUGCUCAAACCAUUAAGAAUGUCGGCCCACUCCCACCCAUCGACGAUCUUCUCGAACGUUUGGGCGGCGCCAAGUAUUUCUCCAAGUUGGACUUCAAAUCCGGUUACCACCAGCUCGAGAUCCAUCCAAGAGAUAGGUACAAAACCGCAUUCAAGACACGGUACAGGCACUUUGAGUGGGUUGUAAUGCUAUUCGGGCUCACGAAUGCCCCGACCACCUUCCAAGCGGCAAUGACAAUGGAGUUUCGCGACAUGUUGGACUGGUUCGUGCUCAUCUACCUCGAUGGCAUCUUGGUGUAUAGCCGAACUUUGGACGAGCACAUCGUGCAUCUACGUGCUGCUUUGGACAGGCUACGUACGACCAAGUACAAGGCCAACCGAGCCAAGUGCGAAUUCGCACAACAAGAGCUCGAGUACUUGGGCCACUUUGUGACGCCGCAAGGCAUCAGUCCGCUUGCGGACAAGAUCAAGGCCAUCCAAGAUUGGUCGGAACCGGCCAACACCACGGAGGUUCGCUCUUUUAUGGGAUUGGUCGAGUACUACCAAUGCUUCAUCGGAGGAGACGCACGGAUCGCCGCACCUUUGUCCAGAUUGCAGUCUCCACAGGUGCCCUUCCAGUUCACCGACGAAGUCCGCAGUUCGUUCCACAAAUUGAAGACGGCGUUGCUCCUCGCUCCCGUCUUGAGUAUCUACGAUCCCACCUUGCCUACGAGAGUGACUACGGACGCUUCCGGCUACGGCAUGGGUGCAGUUUUGGAACAACACGACGGAGUAAACUGGCAUCCGGUUGAGUACUUCAGCCAAAAGGUGCCUCCCAUCAACUCCGUUGAUGAUACGUGGAAGGAGUUGCUCGCGUUCGUCACGGUACUCAAGCGUUGGCGACACUUCCUCCUCGGGCGUCAAAGGUUCACUUGGGUGAUGGAUAAUAACCCAUUGACCUACUACAAGACGCAAGACACGGUGAGCAGCACGAUUGCUCGAUGGAUGUACUUCAUCGAUCAGUUUGACUUCACACCGAAACACAUUUCGGGCCUCUCCAACCGAGUCGCGGAUGCUCUCUCGCGAAGAUCAGAUCUUUGCGCACUGACUCACCACGCGUUCAGUUUCGACGAAGCCCUACAUCAGCAUUUUGUGCGAGCAUACAAGUCCGAUCCGGAAUAUGGCACGCUCUACGAGCAACUAUCCUCGGAUCACCCGCCGACCAGCCAUUAUCACAUCGUCGAUGGCUACCUGCUGCUUCACUCACGAGGCAAGGACUUACUAUGCGUCCCACACGACCGUCGCUUACGGACUCGUACUCCUCGGCGAGUACCACGACUCGAGACUCGCCGGCCACCUCAGAGUCAACCGUACGAUCGCAAGACUUCGGCAGCGAUUCCGGUGGCCUGACCUCAUUACCGACGUCACUCAGUAUUGCGACUCUUGCAAAGUUUGCCAACGAAGCAAACCCCGCAAUCGCAGCCCGUACG